AUGUUGCAAGGAUUCGCAACUUUCAAUGUACGAGUACAGGCCGAGCCCCAAAGUGUGAGCAUUUUCGGCCUCAAGAGCAAUCAUGAUGAUAAAUUACCAGCCCUGCUCCUUCUACAUGGCUUCCCACAAAACCACCAAAUCUGGUCUCGGGUAGCGCCCCUGCUCGCCGGCAGAUACAAUGUCGUCGCCAUGGACCUCCGUGGUUAUGGAAAGUCUUCCAAACCCAAGUCCGUCUCGGCGUACGCCAAAAGCGCCAUGGCUCGCGAUUGCGUGGCUGUCAUGGACGCCCUUGGCUACACCGGUGGUUUCUACGUGUGUGCCCAUGACCGGGGCGCUCGUGUCGCACACAAACUCUGCGUGGAUUUUCCAGCGCGUAUUCAAAAGGCGAUUUUCCUAGACAUUUGCCCUACGCUGGCCAUGUAUGAGAAUGCUGGGUUGGAGUUUGCCAAGUCCUAUUUUCAUUGGUUCUUCUUGAUCCAAAAAGAGCCGUUCCCAGAAACGCUCAUCUCGACCAGCCCUCGAGAGUUUGCGAAAAUGUUCAUGGGCGGCCGACAAGUGGAGGGCUUGACAAUUUUUGACGAUUCAUCUUUCAAUUCCUAUGCGGAAGCUCUUGGCGAUAUUGACACAAUACACUCCAUGUGUCAGGAUUAUAGGGCCAGCGCAUCUUUAGAUCUAGACGAGGCGCGAGAUGACCUAGCAAGUGGACGGCUGAUAAGGUGCCCUCUGAGAGUGUUAUGGAGCGAUCGCGGGGUCGUUGAAAAAUGCUUCAGCGCAGUGAAGGAGUGGCAGGCCGUCAGCGCGGACGACGUAACUGUCGAGGGGCACAGCGUUGACUCCGGCCACUAUAUACCAGAGCAAAUACCCGACACUGUUGUAUCCGAAAUUCUCGACCUUUUCUGUUAG